AUGCCUAGAGAGAUUAUCACGGUCCAGGCAGGCCAGUGCGGCAACAGCAUUGGCAGCCAAUUCUGGCAGCAGCUUUGUCAGGAGCACGGAAUCGGCCAAGAUGGCAACCUCGAAGACUUCGCGACGGAAGGCGGCGACCGGAAAGAUGUGUUCUUCUACCAGAGCGACGACACCCGAUACAUACCAAGAGCAAUCCUGAUCGAUUUGGAACCUCGUGUUAUCAACGGGAUACAAACGGGGCCGUUCAAAAACAUCUACAACCCGGAGAACUUCUAUGUCGGCAAGAAUGGCGUCGGUGCUGCGAACAACUGGGGUGACGGAUAUCAGACGGGCGAGUCUGUGCACGAGGAUAUCAUGGAAAUGAUAGACCGCGAGGCUGAUGGUAGUGACUCUCUUGAGGGCUUCAUGAUGCUGCACUCCAUUGCUGGCGGCACAGGAUCCGGUCUGGGCUCCUUUCUCCUGGAACGAUUGAACGAUAGGUUUCCCAAGAAGAUCAUUCAGACAUAUUCAGUGUUUCCCGACACCACCAACGCAGGCGACGUCGUGGUGCACCCUUACAACAGCAUGCUGGCUAUGAGGAGGCUGACGCAGAAUGCCGACUCUGUGGUGGUAUUGGACAAUGGUGCACUGUCACAUAUCGCUGCGGACAGAUUACAUGUGCAAGAACCGUCGUUCCAACAGACCAAUCAGCUCGUAUCGACGGUCAUGUCAGCCAGUACAACGACUCUGAGAUAUCCAGGCUAUAUGCACAACGAUCUGGUCAGCAUCUUGGCCUCUCUGAUACCCACACCCAGAUGCCACUUCUUGAUGACUGCAUACACCCCUUUCACAGGCGACCAGGUGGAGCAAGCCAAAACAGUGAGGAAGACGACGGUAUUAGAUGUCAUGAGGAGACUGUUGCAGCCUAAGAACAGAAUGGUCUCCACGGUGCCGGGCAAGAAGAGCUGCUACAUCUCGAUUCUGAACGUGAUCCAGGGGGAGGUGGACCCGACCGACGUGCACAAGAGUCUGCUGCGGAUUCGGGAACGCAGGUUGGCAACCUUCAUUCCGUGGGGACCAGCAAGCAUCCAGGUCGCCCUUACCAAACGCAGUCCAUACAUCCCAAUGAGCCACCGUGUGAGUGGUCUCAUGUUGGCGAACCAUACGAGCAUUGCCACACUCUUCAAGAGAAUCGUCCGACAAUAUGACGGCAUGCGAAAGCGCAAUGCCUUCAUGGACUCGUACAAGAAGACCGCACCAUUUUCAGAGAACUUGAACGAAUUUGACGAGGCACGAGAAGUCGUAGGCGAUUUGAUUGCGGACUAUGAAGCUGCCGAGGAUGCAAACUACCUCAACCCGGACCUGGGUGACAAGGCAACCACGGCAGAGACGGACAAACGUGUGGCUUGAUUAUAUGGGGGCAGGUUUGGUAUAAAUUUCUGUAGCAGCAAAUGGGUUGUCGGCUAGGGCUGAGGCGUUGUUCUCAAGGAUGCCAUUGUUGUACGUACUCCAACAAGUGGUGUUGGGAUUGGGCUAGGUGGCUUGUUACUCUUCUCUAUGCAUGGGUCGGUAGGCGUUUUAAGGUGAGAUACCUGUCAAAACUGACGCAGACACAACAAUGAAUUGCUGUUUGAC